AUGCCUUCUGCCACGGGAUCAAACUGGGAGAAGUACCAAAAGAAAUAUGCAGAUGACGAGAUUGAGGAGAAGAAGAUCACACCUCUCACAGAUGAGGACAUCCAAGUCCUCAAGACCUACGGCGCCGCGCCCUACGGAGCAGCCCUCAAGAAGCUCGAGCAACAGAUAAAAGAGAAGCAGCAGAGUGUGGACGAGAAGAUCGGCGUCAAGGAGUCGGACACGGGGCUGGCGCCGCCUCACCUCUGGGAUGUCGCCGCCGACCGUCAGCGCAUGUCAGAAGAGCAACCGCUUCAAGUAGCGCGGUGCACCAAGAUCAUCGCCGACGAGAAGGACGACUCCAAGAGCAAGUAUGUCAUCAACGUCAAGCAGAUUGCCAAGUUCGUUGUCCAGUUGGGCGAGCGCGUCAGCCCCACGGAUAUCGAGGAGGGCAUGCGUGUCGGCGUCGACCGCAAUAAGUACCAGAUCCUGCUACCCCUGCCGCCCAAGAUCGAUGCCAGCGUUACAAUGAUGACGGUCGAGGAGAAGCCUGAUGUUACGUACGGUGAUGUCGGUGGCUGCAAAGAGCAGGUCGAGAAGCUGCGAGAGGUCGUCGAGAUGCCGCUGUUGUCACCCGAGCGGUUCGUAAACCUUGGUAUCGACCCACCGAAGGGAGCGCUGCUGUACGGCCCUCCUGGAACAGGAAAGACGCUGUGUGCUCGUGCUGUGGCGAACAGAACCGACGCAACGUUCAUCCGAGUUAUUGGAAGCGAGUUGGUACAGAAGUACGUUGGUGAGGGUGCUCGUAUGGUCCGUGAGCUGUUCGAGAUGGCCCGGACAAAGAAGGCUUGCAUCAUUUUCUUUGACGAAAUCGAUGCUAUUGGCGGCGCUCGUUUCGAUGAUGGUGCUGGUGGUGAUAACGAAGUCCAGAGAACUAUGCUGGAGCUGAUCACCCAGCUGGACGGUUUUGAUGCUCGAGGCAACAUCAAGGUCAUGUUCGCCACAAACAGACCGUCGACUCUGGAUCCUGCCUUGAUGAGACCCGGCCGUAUCGAUCGAAAGAUCGAGUUCUCGCUACCUGAUCUCGAGGGUCGUGCAAACAUUCUCCGUAUCCACGCCAAGAGUAUGUCCGUGGAGCGAGACAUUCGCUGGGAGCUGAUUUCUCGUCUCUGCCCCAAUGCUACCGGUGCCGAGCUGCGCAGUGUCUGCACAGAGGCAGGCAUGUUCGCCAUCCGUGCCAGGAGAAAGGUUGCCUCAGAGAAGGACUUCCUGAGCGCGGUGGACAAGGUGAUCAAGGGCAACUUGAAGUUCAACUCGACUGCUACAUACAUGCAGUAUAAUUAA